UGCAUUAUUCACCUUGAACGUCCACACUCCAAGAGAGAACAGACCAUCAGUCCCACAAUUCAUCUAUUUGCCUUACUCAGUGUACUCUGUGCAGUCAUCAUGCCAAGCCAGCUGGAAGGAGCAAUGGAUGCUCUGAUCCGUGUGUUUUACAACUACUCAGGUAACGAUGGGGACAAAUUCAAACUGAACAAAGGCGAGCUGAAAGACCUUCUGAACAGUGAGCUCACUGAAUUCCUGACAUCGCAGAAGGACCCUAUGUUAGUGGAGAAGAUUAUGAAUGAUCUUGACUCCAAUAAAGACAAUGAGGUCGAUUUUAAUGAAUUUGUGGUACUGGUGGCGGCAUUGACUGUCGCCUGCAACGACUUUUUUCAGGAAUCGCAGAAAAUGAAAUGAGAGUGUAGAACAUCAAACUAUGUUAAAACUGCUCUAUUAGCUUCUGAUUGUAAAUGUGCAUUAUUAUAGUGUGCAAUUCCUUGUUUGCAUGACUGUGUGUGUUGCGUUUAUGUGUGUAUCUGAAUCAGAAUACUUUCCCCUUAACUUAUGC